AUGGAAAAGAUUUGGCUGCCUAGCAUUUAUACUAAAAAUGACCUUCACAAGCAUCAUGUCGGUUUCAAUCUUGAAUUCAAUUCAUUAGACCAAAUCGAAAUGAAUCAGAAAUACUCUUCGUUUUUAACCUUAGUUUCAAGAUGGGCGUUUAACCAAAAUGCUUAUUCAUCGUCGAUGAAACAGAAAACAAAAUUUUCGUCAACUGUUGGUCCACGUCUAGAGCUCAUUGCGUCGUCGACAACUACUCGUCGUGUACUUAAUAUGCAAACAUUGUGA